CUGCCAAUUUUCUCUUAAUUACACUCACCUUCCUCCUAUAUUUCUUUUCAUUUCCAUUGCUUUUCUCCACUGAAUCCUCCACCCCACCUGUCUCUCUCUCUGCUAAAAUGAAAACAUGGCUAGUUCCUUAAACAAUGCAAAACGUCAUUCACAUGGUCAAAUUUCCUAAAUUUCAUAUCAUUCUCCAUAUCAAAUCCCAGAUAUUAUUCUUCAUAAUCAUUUCUUCCAGCCAUCAACUUUUUUCCUUUUCUUUUUGUUGUAUUUUGUUUGGAUUUUUUUUCCAAUCAUGAUUAGUAAUUUAUUGCAGUAUAUUAUAAGCAUAGUUGAUAAUUUGCAAGAGCUUCUUGAAUGCUACAAGUGUUUUGAAUAUAACCAUUGCUGGUUUUUUUCCUGCUAAGACAGCCUAGUAAUUAUAGAAAACAAUGGAAUUUAGCAGUGGAUACGGUGGCGGUGGCUCCGGCGAUGACCACCACGAUGCCUCCGACCCUCGCGGGGGUAAAAAACGAUAUCAUCGACACACGGCCCACCAAAUUCAGAGGCUUGAAGCAAUGUUCAAAGAGUGUCCCCACCCAGAUGAGAAGAUAAGAUUGCAGUUAAGCAGAGAGUUAAAUUUGAAUCCAAGGCAGAUUAAAUUUUGGUUUCAAAACAGAAGGACUCAAAUGAAGGCACAAUUUGAAAGAGCAGAUAAUUGUGCACUCAGAGCAGAGAACGAUAAAAUUAGAUGUGAAAAUAUAGCAAUCAGAGAGGCACUCAAAAAUGUGAUCUGCCCUUCUUGUGGAGGCCCUCCAGUUACAGAAGAUUCAUAUUUCGACGAGCAAAAAUUACGAAUCGAAAAUGUGCAGUUAAAAGAAGAGCUGGACAGAGUUUCAAGCAUUGCAGCCAAGUACAUAGGGAGACCUAUUUCACAACUGCAACCAGUGCAGCCUAUUCAUGUAUCCUCAUUGGAUUUAUCCAUGGCAAGUUUUUCAGGCCAUGGGAUGUUGCCUGAACCCUCCCUCAAUCUUCAUCUUCUUCCUGGAAGUUCGACUAACAUUUCCAAUUUACCUUUCCCAACAAUGAGCAUUUCUGAUAUGGAUAAAUCCCUUAUGGCUGAUGUUGCUGGAAAUGCCAUGGAUGAAUUGAUUAGGCUCUUGCAAACCAAUGAACCUCUUUGGAUGAAGUCGACAAACGAUGGCAGGGAAAUACUUAAUCUCGAAAACUAUGAAAGGAUUUGCCCUGGACAUAAUAAUCAGUUGAAAAGUCCCAACGUUCGGAUUGAGGCCUCGAGAGAUUCAGGCGUCGUGAUAAUGAAUGGUUUGACAUUGGUGGACAUGUUUAUGGAUGUGAGUAAGUGGAUGGAAUUAUUUCCUACAAUUGUUUCAAGGGCAAGAACAGUUGAAGUACUAUCUUCUGGAAUGAUUGGAAUCCCAAGUGGUGCAUUGCAAUUGAUGUACGAAGAAUUGCAGGUUCUUUCGCCACUGGUUCCGACCAGGCAAUUCUAUUUCCUACGUUACUGUCAGCAAAUCAAGCAAGGCUCAUGGGCAAUUGUCGAUAUUUCUUAUGAUCUUCCUCAUCAAGAGAACCAAUUUGCUUCUUCAUGUAAAACUCAUAGGCUUCUUUCUGGAUGCUUAAUACAGGACAUGCCUAAUGGUUAUUCCAAGGUCACUUGGGUGGAACACUGGGAAAUAGAAGAUAAGGUUCCAAUCCAUGGACUUUAUAUGGAUCUUAUUCACAGUGGACUGGCAUUUGGAGCCGAAAAAUGGCUUUCAAGUCUGCAGAGGAUAUGCGAGAGAUACGCUUGUCUGAUGGGUACCAGCAACUCGACUCAUGAACAAGUCGGAGUAGCUACGCUCAAAGUAAUUCCUUCAUCUGAAGGGAAGAGAAGCAUGAUGAAACUGGCACAGAGGAUGGUUAACAACUUCUGUGCAAGCCUAAACCCCUCUAAUGGCCAACAAUGGAGAACGCUUUCAGGGUCAAAUGACUUUGAAGUUCAAGCAACGCUUCAUAAGAGCACCGAUCCUGGCCAGCCAAAUGCUAUAGUACUCAGUGCUGCCUCUACAAUUUGGCUUCCCAUUCCUCCAGAAAAUGUGUUCAGUUUCUUCCGGGAUGAGAGGACUCGACCUCAGUGGGACGUUCUUUCCAAUCAAAAUCCAGUUCAAGAGGUGGCUCACAUUGCCAAUGGCUCUCAUCCAGGGAACUGUAUAUCAGUUCUAAGGGCAUUAAACAGUCGGCGGGUAGGGGCCUAUAUUCGCUUGCGACUUGUUAAUUCAUUUGUUCCUCGCUCAGAUAUCUGCAACUUCUCAAUUAUUGUCCAUGAUCUUUUGAGAGAAACUUAA